UUUGUCUUCCAGCAAGGAGAUACUUCAUCCAGGGAUCCUCUCCUUACACUGUCAACAUUACGUAACAGCAAUGAUCAUCCUGGUACAUACUUCAAUGAUGGAAAAAGGAAAAUUGACUUCAUUCUGGUCCACGAGGAGGAGCGUCUGUCAGAGAAACAGCUCCAGAAGCGGGAGAAGGAGAGGAGCGACCGACGGGCCAGCAACCUCCCUCCCGAUGAGGAGGACGCCAAGGAGCAGCAGCAUGCCGCCUGGAGAAAGAAGUUCCUGGAGACAAUCCAGCGGGCGGGGAUCCAGAUCGAGGAGGACGUGGUGGAGUCGGAGAAGAAAAUCAUCACCUAUCACAAGCUCCACGCUCCCUGGAAGACCCUGAUAUUUUUUGCGGAGGAGCUCGGUCUCAAGGCCCCGCUGACCGCCUUGCUGAACUUGCCCAAGAACACAUCUGAUGAAUUCCUGAAGAAGAUGGGUAUCAAGAAUAGCUUCCUUAAACAAAAUGUGCCAAACCAGCCUCCCGAUUUCAUGACCUGUGCGUUCAGGGUCAACAAAAUAAAAAAGUAUCUCAAUAACGAUCACAAAGAUCAGUUCUUCAGCAACGUGGACCGGACACGCGUCGUCAACGAAAUCCUGGAGACGACGACAUACGGCAAGCGGAAGAGAGCAGAGGUCGGCAUCAGCCGUCUUCUGGAAGAGGAAAUAUUUCAUGCCGCGUUCCCUUUGCAUGAUGGUCCUGAGAAAGAUCCUGGUCCAGGGGUCAAGGUAGAAGACUGGAACAAGCGACAGAUUCUGAAGAAAUACUGGGCCAGAUGGGGUGCCUGGGCCAAGUACCAACCUCUAGACCAUAUUAGGGAGUAUUUCGGUGAAAAGAUUGGUCUUUAUUUCGCAUGGCUAGGGCUAUAUACAGGUUGGUUACUACCUGCCUCUAUCAUCGGUAUUAUCGUCUUCAUCUAUGGAGUCAUAAUGAUGCCCUUCAACCCAGUAGCGAAUCAAAUAUGCGACAGUGGUGGAGACUUUCUCAUGUGUCCCCAGUGCGAUAAGGAGAUUGGAUGCACAUACUGGAAUCUAUCAGAUACAUGUUUAGAAGCAGAGAUAUCCAUUCUGUUUGAUCAUCCAGGAACAGUAUUCUUUUCAAUAUUCAUGUCAUUCUGGGCUGUAUCAUUCCUUGAAAGCUGGAAGAGAAAGCAAGCCAGUCUUGCCCAUCACUGGGAUUGCUGGAAUUUUGAAGAAGAAGAGGAGCGUCCCCGACCCCAGUUUGCAGCCCAAGCCCCCGCUAUGGAAGAAAACCCCAUUACUGGCGUCAUGGAACCGUAUUUCCCGGAAGAUAUCAAGAAAAGGAGAUGGCUAACUGGUAUCUUCGUCAUCGUUGGCAUGGUUACCUUGGUGAUAAUCUUCCUGACGGGUGUGAUUAUGUACAGAGUUCUGAUCAGCAUCCCUCUCUCCCAGAACGAGCUGUUCAGGUCCAAUGCUCAGACCAUCGCCAGUAUUUCGGGAGCCAUCCUCAACUUGAUCUUGAUCAUGGUGCUAGGUCAGGUCUACCAGAAACUAGCCGUCAUCAUGAAUGAUUGGGAGAUGCAUCGGACUCAGACGGAGUACGAGGACAACCUAACCUUCAAGGUCUUCAUCUUUCAAUUCAUGAAUUUCUUCUCAUCCAUCUUUUACAUCGCAUUCUUUAAGGGAAAGUUUCUUGGUUACCCUGGCAACUACAACACAUUCUUUGGUCUUCGAGAUGAAGCUUGUGGUAGCGGUGGAUGUCUCGUUGAAUUGGCCCAGCAACUCUUUAUUAUCAUGGUUGGCAAGCAAAUCAUCAACAAUUGCCAAGAAGUAGCCAUUCCGAAACUGAAGCAGUUUAUCAUCAGAUGGAAGCUCAAGGGCUCGGCGUUCGGAGGAUCGGAAGAAGAAGGAUCCCGCUGGGAAGAGGACUACCAACUUGUACCAAAUGAAGGCCUCUUUGAGGAGUAUUUGGAGAUGAUCAUCCAGUUUGGGUUUAUAACCAUCUUCGUGGCUGCCUUCCCCCUUGCCCCUGUUUUCGCCAUUCUCAACAACUGGCUUGAGAUAAGACUAGAUGCCCAGAAAUUUGUCAGUGAGCUGCGCCGACCAGUUGCCGAGAGGGCGCAAGACAUCGGGGUGUGGUUCGACAUCCUUGAGAUUAUCGCACAGAUCGCUGUCAUCAGCAAUGCCUUCUUGAUUGCCUUCACAUCCGAAUUCUUACCAAAGCUGCUCUAUCAGUACCAAUAUAAUUUCAGUUUGGAUGGGUAUGUUAACUUCACCUUAGCCUAUGCUCCGUUAGAUGCUCCAGAUGCUCCUUGCAGAUAUAAAGAUUUCCGAGAUAUGAAUGGAGAGUACACCAGAUUCUAUUGGCAGCUUUUAUCAGUCAAGCUAGGUUUUGUCAUCCUCUUCGAGCAUUUUGUAUUUGGUAUUUCAAGAUUCAUUGACUUUAUCGUCCCAGACAUUCCUGAAGCAUUGGAGGUCAAGAUAAAGAAAGAAGCUUACAUGGGCAAACAAGCGCUGCAAGAAUUCCAGGUUGAGAAGGAUGAAGACUGACAUGGCGUUAUCAUCGAACAUCCGUGGGUCUCAACGCUUUUUGUAUCCUUGUUACUUUUAUAUUUCGGUGAUGGUUUUCAGUGAAGCCCCGAAGAUGAGGUUGACUCUAGGCUGCUUUGGAAAUGAUGACAGGGCAUUAGUUUGAAUUAUAUUUCAUGAACUAAGAACCCUUCUAGAACAAUUAUUUCAAAGUAACUAAUUAGAUGAAAAUUUGUCACGCCCAUUUAGUUACAGUGUAGUUAGAUUUGCCAAUUUAUUCAGGACCAUCACCUGCACAGUUGUGAUCUUUCAAGUUUGUAGCUUUGAAUAGAAGGAUAAAAAUACACUGUAUUAAUAUUUGGAGUAUAUAUUGCAUUUUAUAUUAUCUUUGUUAGAAGUGCAUUGACCUUUGUACUAUCUUUGAUGGAAUUUUGUUGCAUUUGGUAGAUUCUUUUCCAUGUGUGCACUAUUGAAAAAGGCACAAGUUUUGUAUGUGCUAGUCUUUGUGUGGAGACACACUUGUUGAUCAAAGUUUCAAUCAGGGUCUGUGCCUGCAGACUAGACAUUUAUCACCCUUAUGCAUGUGCUCAUGCCCGGACCCAUAGGCUCAUAUUCUGAAGUCGGGUUUAACUUAGACCACAGUCUAAGUCUGUGCUAAAAUUAUGGAGAGCCAAAAAUUCAAAAAUUCUGUUUAUAUUGUAUCUUUCUUAUAUUUACUAUUUUGUUUCCUUUUGUUUUCAUAAUAUUAACGAAAAAUGCUUCAUUUGUCAUUCCCAGAUAACUAUGAAUGCUUUGAGUGUCAAAUGAGUUAAUAAAUUGGAUGUGUACUGUUAGGGAUUUGUGCUCCAAUUGGCUCUCCAUAGUUAAACCACAACUUUAAACCAGGGUUUAAUUUAAACCUGAGUUCAGAAUACGGGCCAUGAACAAUUUAUGGUUUCAAUAAGGAUGCAGGUAGCAUCGGAUUACUAGUUAACCAGAAGUUUCUAAUUUGGAGUUUAUUGUAAUAGUAAUCAGAAAGAUAUAUAUUUAAAAAGAAAAUGUUUAUUUAUGGUGGCAGAGCAGAUGGUUGUAGACAUACAUGUAUAAUGAUAUGAAUUUGGCCAUACAAUGUGUAAUUAUGUAUAUGUUUUGUACCUAUUAUUUUGCUUUGGAUUAUAUGCAAGUAUUAUACUUGUACAUCGACUUUUAUGACAAAGAGGGUAUGGUUAUUUAGAUAAAAAAGAGUACUGUAGCUCAUUCUUAGAAAAUAGACCAUUUAUUUGAGCAGAUCAAUAGCUAUUGCAUUGGUUUAAGUCUGUACGACUCUUGCAUUGGGAGGUAUCUGAUUUAUUUAUUUUGUUUUGCAUGUACAUUCAGAACGGUAUAGAAAGUCUUGAAAAAGAUAUUUUGAAAUUAUGUUCCUGAUUGUUUGAUAGUACAGGAUUUGUAUUCACUUGCUAUUAUAUUGGUUUAAAAAAAUCAAUGAAGGUGUUAUGUAAAGGCUGAUACUUUUAUUUAAACUAUUAUAUGGGUUUG